CAGCUAUGCUGUGCUGCGCUCCGGUGAUCCAAAAGAUCCAAGGCAUGGUCAGCGCGUGCUUGUCAGGACGCAGGGAUCAGUCCUUGGGAUGGCUGUGAAUGAGACAGAUGGCUGUGAGAUCAGUGAAACCCUAGAAAAGUAUUAUCUUUCCACCAUGUAUAGCCUUGAGUUCAUUUUAGGCUUCACUGGAAACAGUAUUGUGGUGCUUGGCUAUAUUUUCUGCCUGAAAGACUGGAAAAGUGGCAACAUCUAUCUGUUUAAUUUAUCAUUAUCAGAUUUAUUGUUUCUGUGUACUUUACCAAUACUUGUGAACGGCUACUCCAGAGGCUACUGGGUAGAGUCGAACACGUUGUGCUAUAGCAACAGGUUCCUGUUGCAUGCAAACCUGUACACCAGCAUCCUUUUCCUUACUGUUGUCAGUAUUGACAGGUACCUGCUCAUAAAAUAUCCUUUCAGAGAACAUAUUCUACAGAAGAAGAAAACAGCCUUUAUCGUGUGUAUCGCCGUAUGGAUCUUGGUGAUAUUGGAACUGUUGCCAUUGAUGGUUUUCCUGGAGACUGAGAAGUCUACCAAUAAUUACAAAUGUCUAGAUUAUGCAAGUUCUGGAGACCCUGGAAAAAGCCUUAUCUAUAGUAUGUUUCUGACUAUCUUUGGGUUCCUUAUCCCUCUGUCUAUUAUGUGCUUUUUCUAUGUGAAGAUGUUUCUUUUUCUUAAAAACUGGAGGGAGCAAAUCAGUUCUUUCUUGACACUUGAAAAACCCCUUACUUUAGUCAUUCUUGCACUGGCCACCUUUUCAUUGCUUUUCACUCCCUAUCACAUAAUGCGCAAUGUCCGACUUGCUUCCCGAAUACCAGCCUUGAAUAUGUCUGCGUGCACACAGGACAUCAUCAAUGACAUUUACAUCAUCACAAGACCCAUUGCAUUUUUAAAUAGUGCCAUUAAUCCUGUUUUUUAUUUCUUAAUGGGUGACCACUUCAGAGAGAUGCUGAUGGCAAAAAUAAUGCAACUCUUGACCAGGUUCACAACCCCCAGCAAAUGAACUACUAAGGAGAACUCUCACGCUAGGAGACACGGGAGGAAAACUGGCAGAAUUUUCACCAAUGUAGAGUGCAAUUUUUGUAGAUAGCUUUAUUUAGACUAUAGAAUAUGCACAAGCUGAUUGUGUUUCUCUAAAUGCACUUGUUACCUUAGUGUACAGGAAACCUCCUGCUACUAAUCUAAUUUCAGCAGGACAAAAGUAAUGUCAAUGACAACAGACAGCAGGACACCGUACUCUCAUGACAGGGUAUGCUGUGGUCUAUUAAUAUUCCAAAUAAAAUAUCAUUGUGGCAUUUCUUAGAGUAAAAAAUUGUUCUAUUACAGCUUCUUUGUGACCCAUAAGUUGAUGCUGAACUGGACCUAGACUUGGAUAAAAUGUCCUGGGAGCAUUGAUUUUGGCUCAGCGCUGUCUGGGGCUCAGUGUUGAGUUUUCUUUGCAUAAGUGAUUUCCUUGCCCCCUCUGCAAACUCUGCAGCUCCUGGGAGGUUUACUUUUCUGAAUAAAAAGCUGAGCCACUUUACAUUUCUGGUUGGUUUGGGCUGAUAUCUAGGAUGUGGCAAGAAAGGAGGAUAUGCAAACAGCUAGGUGGAGUUUUUGUUGGUGUUGCCAGCAGGGAGGUGGUGACCAGGUUGCUAUUUCCAUUUGUGAUGAUGGCAAGGAGUGCAGAGCCAUAAGAUUUGGCUGCUGGACUUAGAGGCAUUUCACGGAAGUACUGAGGCUGUGAUGAUGUGUGUGCACGCAGGCAGGUUCCUUCGCACUGCCAGCAGUGACUGCCAAAAUGCCAACGCUGGCUGGUGUUGAGGUCCCAGCGAUGCACAAAGGCGAUUCUUAGUUAAGAUGUAAAACAAUACAUUUUCUUAUUUUUACUUCUUCAAGUUGAAUCUAGCUUUAAAAUCAAAGUAUGAAUUUGCUUAACCUCAAUGUAAUUAUCUCUAAGUGAGAGCAGAAUGUACAGCUCGGGGCAGCGCUUCGACCUCACGCUUAGGACUCCGUUAACUGUUCAGUAAUGAAGUUGGAGCUGAUGAGGAGCCAGUUCUCUGCCUGGUAUCCCUGCAAAAUCAUUGCAGCGGGGAAGAAUAAAAGCAGUAGAAACUUGCUCUCCAGUGACUGACCUGAUUUCAAAUAUAAGGGGUGAAAAGACCUAUGAAAUGGUUAGAGUACGGGAUAUUUGCUUUUGUGAAUACAGCUGCUCUUGUCUGGGCAGGGCUGGGGGGGAGGCAGAGCAAAUGCUAAAAGUAUUGCAGGAAAUCUACCAGAGAGAAAACAGAUACUGAAAAGACUGAUGCAAUCAAAGUGUUAAUAAAAAAAAAAAAAAAAAAACACCAACAACAUGUGAAAUGAAUGACAACUGGAAAAAAAAAAGGGAGAAGUGAAGAAUGUGUUUUAUGCAGUGUUUGCACAUGAAGUGAAAAUGCACUUGUGGACCCUGUUGCUUUGCUGGAUCUGUGCUGGUGGCAUCGCGGAUUUGCCAUUUUGGUAACUUCCACUCUUCCAUCACAAGAGGGGCACGGCGUGGGCCCAUCACAGCAGUACCGGCGGCGUGAGAAGGCCCUGGCACGGAGCGUGGGCAGCCCCCUGCUCCCAGCACAGCCUGGGGUGCUGGUGGUGCUGCCACCCCUGUGAGUGCAAAGGGAGGACCUCCAGCCAUCCUUGUAUCAGAGACAACUUCAUUUCUGGCUUCCAGUGUGUCGGUUGUGUGCAAAUGUUUCAUUGAUAACUGCCUGAUAAUAAACUCUGCACCCUGUU